UUUGAAUCCACAAAAUUUGCAUUUCAAGCGGUUUCUGUGGUUUUCUCAUGGCUUAUAAACCUUCUUUUGAUCUACCUAAUCGUCACAAGAUCACCGAAAAAGAUGGGUAAUUACCGGCAUUUGAUGGUUUAUUUUUGCUGUUUCUCCAUCUUUUUUUCAUCGCUGGAUAUUGUUGUGCAGCCGUACAUUCAAACUUACGGCGCAUCCUUCUCAAUGGUGAUGGAUUUGAAAAACUCGAAACUUGUAGAUUUUCCUACUGUAGCAUUUUUCAUAACUGCGUCUCUAACUGGAUGUUUCGCUUCUACAGUAUACGCGAUUGCCAUCAAUUUUGUGUUCAGGUUUUUUGCGUUGCAGAGGGAAGGACGCCUCCGCUAUUUUCGUGGUUUCCGUCUCGUAUUCUGGAUUUUAAUUCCUAUAUUUGGUGGAAUUAUUUGGGUGACUAAUAACUGGCUAUUGUUCUCACCGGAUCCAGAAAUGAUAGAGUAUUUGAGAUCGAAUGUGAAAGAGAUGUACGACAUAGACGCUGACAAAAUGACCUAUACCGGAUGCUUAUACUGGAGAAUCGAUCGAUUUGGAAGUCGAUAUUUGAGCAAAAAGGAUUUGAUUGGAGCACUUAAUUUGACGGUGAUUAUGAAUAUUCCAUUCUUCACAAUUGUGUACUUUGGAACGAAAAGUUACAGGAAAAUCCAAGAAUUAAUUUCUCAAGGGGAAAAUGAUUAUUCAAAGAAGCUACAGAUGCAGUUGUACAAGGCGUUGGUGGCGCAGACCCUCAUCCCAAUGGUAUUCCUGUUCAUUCCAGUUGGAUUCCUUUUCUAUUGCCCUUUAAUUGGAAUUGAUAUCUCCUGGUCCAGCCUACUUAUUACAUUUUUCUAUUCGUUCUAUCCGGCUGUGGACCCAUUACCCAACCUAUUAUUUAUUGAUGAGUAUCGAAAUGCGUUCUUUAGUAAGGAAAUCAGACAUUUGGAAUUUCAUAAAAUUGAGUUUUCA